AUGGAAUACUACAUGUUCAAGAAUUCGCAGAUGAAGAGCGUCAACGAGGUCAAGGUCAAGAAUCUAAAGCAUUUGUAUGAACUCAUAGAGAAAUGUUGUGACAAAAAUCUGAGGCUAGAGUUAGGAGAUGGUCGAGUUAUAUUCUUGGAUUAUCAGUCGGCGAAAAGUUCCACUUCUUUGAUCUUGGAACGUCAUAGAGUACCAUCGGCAAUGUCCAAAGAUCUCAUGAUUGAUCAAUCGUAG